AUGACCCACCCUAAUGAAACCCUGGGAUCGGUAACAGAGCCGGAGAAUGGAUCUCUGAUAAAGCACUCCACGGCUGAUACUCACGCCAAGUACCUCGUUGGAGUCACAGGUCUCUUUGCGAAAGCUACCAAACAAACGCGUGAUGACGAAGAGGGGAGGAAAGCAAAGCCCCGGCCCUCAACAGUCGCAAUUGGCAUGGGCCUCUUCACAUCUGCGAUUGCUUCCAUGGCAGGCCUUCAAGGCGGGAACACUAUAGGUAAUGAGGAUGAGGAUGAGGAUGAACUGGAGGACGAAUCCCAAGAAGAGAUUGCACCGGAUGCUCCUACUCUUCCGAGCCCCCAACGAAUCAUAUCAGUGGAAGACAAGGAGGAGCAAGAGGAAAAGAAACGCGAUAGCAACCAAGACACCAUGGCAAGUUCUCAACGAGGCAUUCAAAGGUCUAGAAGCGCCAAAGGUGCUCGCAGGAGGAGCCGCUCCAGAACUGGGUUGUCUCGUACUUCAUCAGACAGGAAGCCGCGCAUGCAGAACGGGAACGGUCGUCAUCGCAUUUCCAAGAGCUCUUCACGGAAAGGCACGAAUCUUCGGUGUGCCAAGCCUACGACGAAUGAUGACAUGAAAGAAUCUCUCAAUUUUAAGGGUUCCAGGUCAAGCGUUGACCUGAAAGAGUCCCGCAGGGUUUCCAGGAGUUCCAGCCGGUCAUCAUUGGAAGAUAGAAGGAGAACUCCUCGCCAUUCCAAGCCGACACUUGGAUUGAAAGUCUCCAGGUCCACUCCAACUCUUGGCAGAACUGGCAGCAGCAGCAAACGCUUGUCCUCAGAGGGAGUAAAGAAAAGAACGGAACGUCUAUCCAAGUCGUCAUUAAAGCCUGACAACACGUUUGAGGGUGACAGCAAGGAUAUGAAAAACUGGUGUGCCUCGGAGAAAAAGACAAGGAGCAGCAGUCGUGGAUCCGCAGCACUUGCAUUGGUAGAUGGUGAUGCAGGAAACGGGGGAUUGGAGAGAGUGAUAGGCAGGCGUCGUGCCAACAAGUCGUCAUGCCGUGGUCGAAAAGAGGACUCUUCCUUGCUCGACAGGAACACCAAAAGCAGCCACUCAGCGUGUCGUUCCCCAAUCCGCAACCGCAUUUCAAGCCAUGGUAGUGGUGGGCGGCGAAGUGGUCGCUCCUCUGCGGCAUCCAGCAAUGCAGCCCGCCUUGCGGGCAGACACCAGAUUCAGCUAAUGGUGCAGGUACAGCAGCGAGCCCUGCUUGACUUGGAGAUGGAGUGCGACGAGAGUAAGAACAGCGACGAUGAAAAGCCCGCUCUUGCCAAGAAUACGGUUGAUCCCAAUAAGGUUGAUUAUACUUCGCUUGACCGGGCAUCAAUUCAUGAGUUGCUGAAACAGUGCUCUGAUCAUGGUCCUGAUCACGAUCCAUAUGAUACCGGUGCAAAGAUGACACGGUCUUCAUCGAGCUCAGGCUUGAUCGCAAGCAAACCAAGGCACCGCCGGCGCAUUUCAACACGGAUGCCAUUGAGCAUUCGCCCAAGCUCCUGCAGUGGGAGGCUAACUGACUUGGCCGGUGACGAUUUGGACGACGACAGCACGGACGCUUCGGACGAGUUUGCUUCGUAG